AAACAGGUCACCCGUCUGAUGAACGCCAUCAACUUCACGAGCGACAAGAAAGAGGUGGUGGCGAUGUUCGCAGGGGCUGAUCGCAACAACGAUGACGAUAUCGAUUACAAUGAGUUCUCAGAUAUGUGCAACAAACUGUUCCUUUCCGAUGAUAUUAGAACUAUAUUUACCAAGUACUCCUCCGAUGGUGAGAUGUCUGCCGCCCAGUUUGCACAGUUUUUGAAGGAAGAGCAGAAAGAAGACGCGUCCGAAGAGCGUGCCGUAAAUCUGAUCAAGAAGCACGUGGCGAUGUUUGGACUCAUCAAUUCCGAGAUGCGAUUGACGCCCGAAACCAUGGCAGCAGCCACCUCAGAAGCGACCAAGUUCGAUGCGAUGGAGUUCCAGUCUUAUCUGGAGAGCAGCGAUGCCUCGGCAUACAACCCACAGUCCACUGUGUUUGUUGAGGACAGCAUGUACAGCCCCCUCUCCCACUACUUCAUCAACUCGUCGCACAACACCUACUUAAUGGGUGACCAGCUGAAAGAUGAUUCUUCGGUUGAAGCAUAUGUGCGAGCUCUGCAACAAGGUUGUCGAUGUGUCGAGAUGGAUUGCUGGGAUGGCGACGACGACUACGAUCAUGAACCCGUUAUUUUCCAUGGGCACACGCUCACCAGCAAAAUCCUGUUCAAGGACGCUCUCAGAGCCAUUAAAAAGUACGCCUUUGAGGCCAGCGACUACCCCGUGUUGCUGUCCAUUGAAAAUCACUGUACUCACGAUCAGCAGGUUAAAAUGGCUAGACAUCUGAAGGAAAUUCUGGCUGACUAUCUGUACUAUGUACCGCAUCCCGAGGAUGAACCAUCCUUGCCCUCUCCGGCCUUCUUCAAGAACAAGUUCCUAGUCAAAGGAAAGAAGCUGAAACCCCCAGCCGCAGACAGUGCAAAGGCGGGCGAGACAGUCUCGAGUGAAUCAUCCGAAAGUGAGACCGAGGGCAGUAAGGGAAAAGGAGUAAAGACUCCCAAGCCAAAGAUGGCCGAGGAGCUCUCAGAUCUGGUCACGCACAUGCAGGGUGUGCACUUCAAGGACUUCGCAACUAGUGCAUCGGAGGGCAAAUGCUAUAACAUGUCUUCGUUCGGCGAAUCUAAAACCAAGAAGCUGUCGUCAGAGAAUCGCCUCGGCUGGAUCAAAUACAACACCCGCCAACUCAGUCGCACGUACCCGGGCGGCACAAGGGUUGACUCGUCCAACUACGAUCCUACUAUGGCCUUCAGAGCUGGUUGCCAGAUCGUUGCUCUCAACUUCCAAACAGCGGACGGACCAUUCCAGGUGAACAGUGCGUUCUACAAGCAGAACGGUGGCUCCGGAUACGUGCUCAAGCCUGAGUUCAUGCGCUCGAAGAACCCCACACUGGCGCACGGCAAGAUGAAGAUAACAAUUCGAGUGAUCAACGGUAGUCGCAUACCUAAGCCCACGGGAGAUGACAGUAAGAGUGAAGUGGUCGACCCCAUUGUUAAGAUUUACCUACACAACGGUGAGGAUGACGACGACAUCCCUACCUAUAAGACUGCUGUCAAGAGCCAAGGUCUAAAUCCGCGAUGGGAUGAGACAACCGACUUCACACUCGAGAACUCACUAUGGCCCACAUCAGUGCUGCGUUUCAUAGUACGCGACGAAGAUUUGGGAUCGGACGACUUUAUCGGCUACUGGGCAUGUCCUACCAAUCAGCUGAUGCAGGGCUACCGUAUGCUCCCACUCAGUGCUGACAAUGGUUUCCCCUUACUACAUUCCUACUUAUUCGUUCACAUCGCCGUUGAGGAGCUGGCUUAAAUUGUAUAACGACUUGUAAUAUUCAUUGUACUGGUAAUAAAUAAUGUAGCUGA